AUGUUCGACGCCGAGCACGCCACGACUGGGUGGGUCGUCAACUUGUUCGCUGACCUCAAGCAAAGGUACAUCGAACACAACGAGAAGGACACGGGGAAGCAGGUGUUCACCGUCGGGCCGGUCUGCCUUGUCAACGACGACGACAACGACACCCUGGAGCGUGGCCACACCGGGGAGGCUGAUACGACCGCCGAGGCCAUGCGCGUGCUGAGGUGGCUGGACACGAAACCAGCUUGGUCUGUGGUCUACGUCUGCUUCAGUAGCCUCACCCGGUUCCCACGGGAUCAGGUUGUGGAGCUCGGUAUGGGUCUCGCCGACUCCGGCGCGAACUUCGUGUGGGUGGUCAGGGACAAGAACGCGACGCCGCCGCUCCCGGACAUCGACGACACGGUGCCGGGCCACGGGCUUGUGGUCGGGGGGUGGGCCUCGCAGGUGGCUGUGCUGCGGUGGGCGCGUUUGUGA